UGCAGAAUCAAGACUUCAAGGGCUGAAGCCCACCGCUGCACUUUCAGACUAGGAGAGUAACAUGAGUGAUCGAAACCGCAGGAUGUUAGACAACGAUGAGUUCAGGUUGGAGACUUCCCCGCGGGAGCUCACGCAGAACCCGCUCAGGAAGAUCUGGAUGCCGUGCAGAAACGGACACAUAGCUCAUAGAAGGGUAUGUAUGACAAAUUGUCCAACCAUCAUUGUGACUGUUGGACUUCCAGCCCGAGGAAAGACUUACAUCUCAAAGAAGCUGACGCGAUACUUAAACUGGAUAGGUGUGCCAACAAAAGAGUUCAAUGUUGGCCAGUACCGCAGGGAGUGUCUGAAGAUCUACAAGUCCUUUGAAUUCUUCCGUCCAGAUAAUGAAGAAGGCUUAAAAAUCAGGCAUCAGUGCGCCACGUCAGCUCUUAAUGAUGUGCGACAGUACCUGAGUAUAGAAGGAGGACAGGUGGCGGUCUUUGAUGCCACAAACACAACCAGAGAGAGGAGAGGGACCAUCGUCAAGUUUGCUGAGCAGAGUGGGUUUAAGGUGUUUUUUGUAGAAUCUGUGUGUGAGGACCCAGAUGUCAUUGCACAAAAUAUAGUGCAAGUGAAGCUGGGCAGCCCAGACUACAUCCACUGCAACACAGAGGAGGCCAUUGAGGACUUUAUGAAGAGGAUCAAGUGUUACGAGUCGUCUUACCAGCCUCUUGACGAGGUUCUUGACAGAGAUCUGUCCUACAUAAAGAUUAUGGAUGUGGGUAGACGUUACCUGGUGAACCGUGUUAUGGACCACAUCCAGAGCCGAAUCGUCUACUACCUGAUGAACAUUCACAUCACACCGCGCUCAAUCUACCUAUGUCGCCAUGGGGAGAGUGACCUCAACAUCAAAGGACGGAUUGGAGGAGACUCUGGCCUUUCUGCGAGAGGAAGAGAGUUUGCCAAAAGUUUGGGGGAAUUCCUCCAAGACCAGAACAUCACAGAUCUCAAAGUGUGGACGAGUCAGAUGAAGAGAACGAUCCAGACAGCUGAGAGCCUCGGAGUCCCAUAUGAACAGUGGAAGUCUCUGAAUGAAAUCAACGCUGGUGUAUGUGAGGAAAUGAUGUAUGAGGAGAUCCAGGAGAAUUUCCCUCUGGAGUUUGCACUGAGAGACCAGGACAAGUACCGGUACCGCUAUCCUAAAGGAGAGUCUUAUGAAGACCUGGUGCAGCGACUGGAGCCUGUGAUCAUGGAGCUGGAGAGGCAGGAGAAUGUUCUGGUCGUUUGUCACCAAGCCGUCAUGCGCUGUCUUCUCGCAUAUUUCCUGGACAAGACUGCAGAUGAGUUGCCUUAUCUGAAGUGCCCUUUGCACACUGUGUUGAAGUUGACCCCCAUGGCUUAUGGAUGUAAAGUGGAGUCUGUGUAUUUAGGGGUGGACUCUGUGAACACACACAGAGACAGACCAGAGAAUGUGAACGUGCAGCGCACCACAGAAGACGCUUUGGGAACAGUCCCACUUCACUUCUGAUUUCCUGCACUUUCUUGUUCAAGCCGAGGCUUCAUCCGAAUUUCUGUUUGGACCCACAAACAGCAUUAUGGGAAAAUGGUGCUGUUCAAUUCACUUGUACAGAGAAUUGAGUUUGUUUUCCCCCCAGACUUACUGUAAAGCACUUUCACUAAAUGUUUUAUAUUUUUUUUUAUAAAUGUGUUCUGUUCGUGAUCUCUACUGCACUGCUUCCUGUAGAUGGAGGCCCACUGAGGAAAGCUAAAAGAACAUGCCAAUAUCUUUACAUGCGUCUAAUAUUAUUGUAUGAUGAAUGAUUCUCCCUCAACAUUUGGCAUAUUUUGUCCAUGAUCAUAGUUAAUACCUACUGUAAAAUACAUUGCAUACUGUGUCGACUUUUAUGUGCUUAUAAAGAUGUUUUUAUUUUAUAAAAAAACUAAUUUUCAUAAUCCCCAUGAAAACUGUGAGGCGACUGUAAAUCUUUUUGUUAAAACGCUCUUGAUCAAAGUCCUCAAUCAUUUAAUGUAAUGAAUGCAAGACACAAAUGAAGGUUGGAUAUUAGCCCCCUGCUUUAAAUGUGAUAAGUUUAUCUUCUCUGAGUGAAUGAAGAUCAAUAUUGUUCUUAAACAUUCCCGAGGACAAUUUCUGAGACAGCAAAGGGUGGAAACAGGCUGUAACAGCAGCAAGCACUCUUUUCUCUAAGAUGUAGUGAAUGUUCUGGGACCAAAAAUCUUGAGAUAAGGCCCUUUUUUUUUUUUUACACAAUCAUUAUGUUAGAACCGAAACAAUUACUGUUGGGGAUGGGCUGCGUUUUUUUUUUUUUUUAGAUGUUCGUGAUGCUGUGACUAUCUUCAGUCGCAUGGCGGUUACUUAAUGAGCAGCAGCAUUAAACUCAUGACUUUCAUCUUUCAAAUGCCCGUUUGAGAGUUUAACAGUAUUGUGAAAACUGUACCUGCAUGUUUGUCUGACGUGAGUUGUGUGUGCAAAACCAACAUUUACUACAUGCUGUGACCCUUUUUUUUUUGUGAAACUUUUCUUCGAUAUUUUUUAUUGUACAUUUCUGUACUAAAAGUAAGAUUCCAAAGGCCUUGUUUGUGUCCAGCUGUCAAGUUCAAAAUAAACACUUGAUGUUUGGGGUUAA